AUGUGUAAAGACUGUUGGGGUCUAAUAGAUGACUUGAGAGUUCCAAUCUGGAAGGCUCUGUACCAUGAAGGACAAAAAAUCAGCAAUGCUUUUCUCAAGACGUUUGAUAAUCUGGGACGUUUGGGAUUUAGGAUUAGAGGAGGACAGCAUAAAGAUGUUCGAGUUAAGGGUACGAUUGUGUGGAUGAAGAGGCUGGCUGAUGAAAUACCGGGUGUGGAGCAGUAUUUUCCUUGGCGCGCAUCGUUGGAUAGUCUUUCAGAUAAGAUUGUGAAACCGAAAUAUCUUUUUGGAGGUCAAAUGUGUAUUGCGAGUGUGUUGGAAGAUCGACCGGAAUGUGUGGGUAUUAUAAGACAGAAUGUUUUUGAGAUCAAGGGUAAUACUGCUGCUGCGCGGAAAUUCCUGGAAGAAAGGGGAUUUAUGAUUGAAGGAGAGUUUCUCGGGUCAGUUUCUGAGUCGUAUAACGAUGCGCAGGUUGUUAGACAUCGAUGGGGCUUUCUGCAAGGGAAUGAAGUUGGUCAGGCUGAGGAUGAUGAUUCGAUUGUAGUGUGGAAUGGGAAGUAUGGGAAGGCUGUGAAAGUUGAGGGGGGUGGGAAGAUGGGGGUAGGGUCCGCUAAUGGGUUAAUGAUGUGA